AUGUGCGGUCCCACUCUCAAAGAAAAGCUGCUGCGCACCGUUGCGCCAGCUUACUUCAUUUCCCUGGGCUUGUACCAAUUUCUCCUAACGAUCAUUGAUACGGUCACGGUCCAGCAUGAGCCCGGCGUCCUUCUCCAAUUCUCAAAGCUGCGCGAUCGCGCCUUCUCUCGCUUCUGGAUAGCAUACGGCGAAUUCAUGUCGGAAGGAAUGGCUGACGAGGCCGUUGCUCUUAUCGGUUCGGUGCGCGGCACUGUCCUCGACAUUGGGCCCGGCAGCGGUGAUCAGACCGUGCACUUCACGCCGGCGAACCUCACGCGCGUCUACGGGGCCGAACCGGCGGGGCAGCUGCACGACAAGCUGCGGGCCAAAGUCAAGGGGGCGGGCCUGGAGGGCAAGUACACGGUGCUGCACGCCGGGGCGCAGCCUGAGAGCCUGAUCCCGGCGCUGGCCGACGCCGGGCUGUUCAAGAACGGGUCUGAGGGCAUCUUCGACGAGAUCUGCUGUAUCAGGGUGCUCUGCGGCGUGCCGCGGCCAGAGGAGACGGUCAGGGGCCUAUACAAGCUGCUGAAGCCUGGCGGAAGGAUGGUCGUGCAUGAGCACGUCGUGAAUCCUUGGCAGGAGGCGGGCGGCAACUUGGGCUCGAGGGUGCUGCAGACGGUGUACGCGUGGGCUGGGUGGAAUGUCUUUCUUGGCUGCAGCAUCGACCGCGACACAAAGGAGAUAUUGCUGAAUGCUGGGGGGAAGGACGGGUGGUCGAGAGUGGAGCUGAAGAGCUUGCAGACGUGGAGCGUGUUGCCAUACUGCACGGGUUAUCUAGUGAAGAGGGGGUAG